AUGGGUGCGUGUACCGCAAAGCUGAAGAGAAACAAUGGAAAGUAUCUAAAAAAUGAUUCAUCAAUACCAAAUAAAGAAAAUUCAACUUGCGAACAAAUAUUAUCAACCAAUGCUGACAAAUUUGAUAAUGUACCUUUUAUUGAUUCGGAAGAAAAAUUAGCAACAACACCACCACAAUUAUCGCCUUCAAAUGAUAACGAUGAGCAUACCACAGUAAAAAACGAUUUUGAAACUAAUCAAUCAUUUUCAAACGCUGAAACAAUUGAUAAACUUAAACAAGAAGUUGCAACAUUUGUUCGUGAAAAAAUCUUGACAAAUGCUGAAGAAAAGCAAAAACUUGUUGAUUACGUACAUAAAAGAAUUAUUGGUAAUGCAACAGAAAAACGACUUGUUAAUGAAUAUCUUGAAGAAUGUUUUAAUAAUAUUCAACAGAAUCAACCAGUAGAAAAUGAUAAUAAAAUAAAACAACGUUUAAUGAAUAUCAUUACAAUUUAUGUUGCAUCACAAUCAUCGGAUAAUUCAUUUUUGAAAGCACUCUACGAUAAAAUGGGUUCUGCACUUGAUUUAAAUUCGUUAAAUGCUGAAAUAAAUGAACACGAAGUUGUUAAUGUAACUGUAACAAAACGAGUACGACAAGUUUUUCUUGAUGAUUCAUCUUCAUUAUCACCAAACAAAAAUUUUAACACAAAAAAUACUGUUAUUCAUUUAUCAAAUAAUGAACAUAAUAUUCCCGAUGAUUUGCCUGAUGAUAUAAGACGUAAAGCUGAACAAGUGUUGAAUAGUUUUAAUGAUGUAAUUCAUUCGAAACAACUCUAG